UUGUGUGAGGAGACACAGAGCAGAGGCGGCAGAAAGCAGCAGCAGUGGGAGGGUGUAUGUGUGUGCGCGCUCGCUCGGCUCGACUCAGCUCCACUGCUGCAGUCGGGCAUCAAUUUCAUAUAGGCACUGUGCAGAGAGUUCUCGCUAGCAUCAGAUCCUCAGCCGUGCUGCUAUCCUCUAUUCUCGUCUCUUCUUGUCUCCUCUCCUCCUGUCUCCUGCCGCUGGUUAUGGAGAACAGUUCCCAGCCUCCAGCGCUGUCUGCCUCUGAGCCAUGGAGGCGAGGCAGAGGCUGUUUGUAGAGGCAUGUCGGCAUCUGAUUCUAGUGCAGCGCUUCUCAGCGCCAAGGGUUCGGCUGAUUCCUACACGAGUAGACCCUCGGACUCCGACCUGUCCCUGGAGGAGGAUAAGGAGGCGUCUCGGCGGGAAGCCGAGCGCCAGGCCGUGCUGCAGCUCGAAAGAGCCAAGUCCAAACCUGUGGCUUUUGCAGUGAAAACUAAUGUGAGUUACUGUGGAGCUCUCGAUGAGGACUGUCCUGUGCAGGGCGCUGCCAUCAACUUUGAAGCCAAAGACUUUCUCCACAUCAAAGAGAAGUACAAUAAUGACUGGUGGAUCGGACGGCUGGUAAAGGAAGGGGCUGACAUCAGCUUCAUCCCGAGUCCAGCCAAACUGGAAGCUAUGCGUAUCAAACAGGAGCUGAAAGCCGCACAGAGGAAAGCAGGAGGGAAUGCACAGUCAGGAGGCUGGAGGUCAACUCCUCCAUCAUCUGCAAAACAGAAGCAAAAGCAGACAGAGCACGUUCCACCAUAUGAUGUUGUACCCUCCAUGAGGCCGGUUGUGCUGGUCGGACCCUCACUGAAAGGCUAUGAGGUGACAGACAUGAUGCAGAAAGCACUGUUUGACUUCCUAAAACACAGGUUUGAUGGAAGAAUCUCUAUCACACGAGUGACUGCAGAUCUGUCUCUGGCCAAAAGGUCUGUGCUCAAUAAGAAAGCCAUUGUGGAGAGAUCCAACACACGCUCCAGCUUAGCCGAGGUCCAAAGUGAGAUAGAGAGGAUCUUUGAGCUGGCAAAGUCCUUGCAGUUGGUGGUACUCGACGCAGACACUAUUAACCACCCAACACAACUGUCAAAGACGUCCCUCGCUCCUAUCAUUGUGUAUGUCAAAGUUUCAUCGCCGAAGGUUCUCCAAAGACUCAUCAAAUCCAGGGGAAAGUCUCAAAGCAAGCACCUAAAUGUGCAGAUGAUGGCAGGAGAGAAACUCACCCAGUGUCCACCAGAAAUGUUCGAUGUCAUACUGGAUGAGAAUCAGUUGGAGGAUGCAUGUGAACACUUGGCAGAGUAUCUCGACGUCUACUGGCGUGCAACUCACCUGCCAUGCUCAGCCCCUGCAAACCCCCUAAUAGAGCAAAAGGUGGUAACCCCACCAUCAGGCAACUCCAGCCAACAGUUCUCUGAGACACAGGAAUUGAUUGAAUGAGUGCUGUCAAAGCCCUGGCUUAAAGUACAGGUGGUGGAAAGUUCCAGUGCUUCCCUCAGUCCAUCUCUCAGAGGUCAGCCCCUCUCGGCCCCUGUGAAUGGAGCAGCUGCCCCCUGAGGGGGAGGAGGAUGGAGAGAUGAGGAUAUAUUAAGAUGAGGAUGAACUCCACCAUACCGGGCACACAGAAGGCACCACCUCGAUCCGUAACUAGCACAGCCAUGCGUGCCCCGUCUCCACAACUCAGGACCGCGCCACUGCAGCACAACGUACACAUACACAGAUGCAACACGAUACCUUGCAGCACACAUUUAAGAGCCCUAUUCGGAUAGGAUUUAUUCUACGUGGGCCGUUGAUUCUUUACAGGUGCUACUCAGUGAUAUCUUAUUUUUGUCCUGAUGCGCAGUGUUGGUUUGUUUCUCUGUCAUCCCCUCAAAUUCCAGCCAAAAAUUCCUACUGGUGUGAUCAUUUUAGUGAUAAGAUAUUUCUGCAAUUUGGGCUUUGGUGUUGUAAAAUGUUUUUCAACCACUUGUACAUGCUUCUAUGUGUGUUUAGUUUUCUAUGUGCUGACACACAGCAGUCCCUAUUAAAGGAUACAUUGGGAUAGGUUCACCAAAACAAAUCUAGCAAACUUCACUGGUAGCCCAUCAAAAGUAAAGUAAACCAUAGUAUAAUGAUCGGACCUAUUCAAAUUUAUAUCACAAGGAAAGCUAUAAAACAAAUGAUUUUCGUGCCAAAAUAUUAUGACAUCAGUUUAUAUUAGUAACUUCACAUUAUAACUACUAGUAAAAAAAAUCCUCUACUGCCAGUGGCAUAUAUGGUAUCCCUCAAGGAUCGGUCCUCUGCCCCCCCCCCCUUUUUUUUAUAUAUAUGCUUCCCCUUCCCCUUCCCCUUAGCCAGAUCAUCCACAAACAUGGUCUUAGCAUUCAGAGUUACACAGACAGCAUUAUUAGUAUUUAUCUCAGUACAAGAUCCACCAAAGCUUUUCCUCCCACCUCUUUAACUGAAUGUAUUCAUGAUUACAUGAUAUAAAGUCAUGGAUGGAAACCAUCUACCAUAAAUUAAACCCUUACUCGUUACCCAUAAAACCCUUCUAUUUACACUUACAUACAGGUAAUUCUUACUUCUCACUUACUAAGCAUUACAUGGUCUUGUUCUGCCUUAUCUGCCUGAGCUGCUACACCCCUACACCCCUGCCCAGACUCUCAGGUCAAUUACUACUGGUUUGCUAGUCAUGCCCAAGACCAGACUAACAUCAGGGGAAGGCAGAUUAUCCCCCAGGACCUUCAUGACUGCACUUACUUCUUUAUAAAUAAAUUCUUUCUUCACCAACAUAUCUUCCCUUCCCUCACCCCAAUAGGAUAAUGUUUUGUUAAUAUAUACAUUUGUUUGUACUGUAGCCUUGAAUGAUAGAAAGACAUUAUAUUAAAUUAUUAUUAUUAUUAUUAUUAUUAUUAUUAUUAUUAUUAUUAUUAUUAUUAUUAUUAUUAUUAUUAUUAUACCAUGUAUCCAUGAAAAAAGAUACAGUAAAUAGGAUGAAAACGUUUUCUCAAAUUGAGAAACCCAUGCCAUCCGAAUAGGGCUAUUCAAACACUCACAUACAAUACACAUACACAUCCAACAAACAUACACGCAUAACCACAUAUACACAAGUACACACACAUUUUCUCAAAUACCAGUGAGUACACAUUUGUUUCCAAACACACAAAUACAAUAAUGCACAUAUAUGCAUACAGACACACACAUGUACACACACACAUACACACACAUACACACACACACACACACACACACACACACACACACACACACACACACACACACACACACACACACACACACACACACACACACACACACACACACACACACACACACACACACACACACACACACACACACACACACACACACACACGUCACUCCUGGUCUGAAUGGUCACACUGAGAGUUGGAUUGAGAGCCACAGGGCUUUUCCCAGCUCCUGGGUGAAACCUUCUGUCAGCUGAUUUCUGCCAACCUGCCACUGCUCUCUGUAGUGAAGUUGGCACUGGCAUCAGAGGUUCACCACAUUUUCCCACAGAGAGGAGCACCUACCACAUCCUCUUACCGUACUGCCGAUCUGGUCACACACACACACAUAUAGACACAAACAUACACAUCACCUCCUGCCCAACUACUGCCCUGCUGCUUGCCCAGACCAUCUUCCUGCUCACUAUAAUUUAUUUAUGUGCCGAAAUUGCCCAACACAACUGGCUCUUCAAUAUUAAAGCAUAAGCCUAUAUUUAUUCAGCACAACCACAGAGAGGAUACAGCAGUGAUAAGAUCUCAGUCAUUUCCUUUGUCUCAGAAUUAUUUAUGUUGACUUUAAAUUAGCAGAAGUCUCCAGUUCUCCAAUAAAUGAUAUGCACGAAAUAUCAGAAGCUUAGAAGGAGCUAGAAAGACCUGUUUUGUACACAAAAAGCCACUCCUUUUUUUUUCGUUCAUACAAAGAGGUCAUCAAUUGUCAGUAGUACUUUGCAACUUGAAUUGUUUUAACGUAAGCUUAAAUUACAUGAAGCACCAUAAAGAAAAAUUGAGUGAAUCUUGUAAAUGCAUGCUGGUAAAAAAAACUACAGAACUACAGAUUGGCACUACAAUGGAAACAAUGGCAACUAAAAUAUAAUCUAAUUUAAGUCAACUUCUCUAUAAUAAUUAUGUUUUGCAGGUUUGCAGUAAAAUUGUAUGAUUUUUGACAAUAUGUGUUAUCACACUGUACACAAUCAAAUCUGUACUUUAGGGUUAUUUUAUUAUUUUUUUUUUUAAAUAUAUUAACAUAUAAUUCUUCUAAUUGUAGACAAUUCCAGCUUUGGACUUUUUUAUAUGGAGUUACAUGUUAAUCAUGGUUUGACUCUAGAGCAUCCACCCUACAAGGCCAAGGCUGUAGUGAGUAAUGAAAUCACCUGCAUUACUAAUAUUUUUACUCAUCUUUUUUAAUCACCAGCAACCAUUUACUGGCCAAGCAAAGGAAGUUUAGGCACCAUGUAAAUCUGGUACUGAGUUGUGUACCUUCAGUGAAUAACAAAUUAAAAAUAUGAUACAGAUCUCCUAACCAGGCUAUCCUAAAGGCUAGGAGAUACGGCGGUGGAAUGCCUCCAAAAUGGCCCUAAUAAAACCCAAUUCAUCCCAGAUCUGUUCUAAUUUCUUUAGAAAAGUCCUUUAGAAAUGGCAGGCAGGUGGUUUUAGAGACUUGCUAAGGAAGACUUGAGGUGUACUUCAACUAGUAUAAAGGGAGGAAAGAUGCCGUCAUUUUACUCGUGAAUUGCAGUGCUCGGUUAUUUUUUUUUUUGUUAACUGCCAGCCCAGUAUUUAGUACAAGGCUCACCAUUGACUGUAGAAUGCAGGAUGCUUGUGGCUCUACGAGUUGCUGUGCAAAGUGGGUGAGGAUGGGUGGCCAAGGUAUCCAGACACUGUGGGCAUGCUGUUACAGUAGUAGUUGUCCAUUGUUCACAUGAGUAUAUUGUAGCCAUUGCAUAGGGUAUUGUGCAGAACACAAGACUCAGUUAGAAUGAUGGAUAAGGCACGGAUGAGUCUUCAAGACAGUUGGUCCUCUAAACCAAGUAUUAGAAAUUUAGUGUGCUCUGAGGAAAUCCAGUCAAAUGCUUGUGUUUUUCUGAUCCUGUUCUGCUCACUCAGCACUGGUAGAUAGGAGAGAAAGAAGUGUGCUGAAGAGUUCUGUUGGCAAUUUGUUCAGGUUUUUCUCCUUUUCAGAAAUCACAUUAAGAAACAGUUAGCCUAAAUUGUAGGACGUCUAUACACUGUCUAAAUGUCUGAGAUUUAUCCAUAAGGUUUUACAGGUUUUGUGUUCUUUAUGAGGUCGAUACUGUCUGGACAGAGCUGAGAAGCUUCUUUGGAUUCCUGGUGCAACUUUUUGAGCUAAAGGAUCUGUCUUGGUUUGUGCUUCAAUUAACUUCAAGUAUGUCUUGCACAGUCUUCCAAAGUAUUGAUAAUGCAAGCACACUUCUGCUUUCAGCUGAUCCACCUUAUACUCCACCUGCAGUUUUUCUGACUCCAGCUUGUAUAACAGCUCUUAGAUAUCUUGUACUUAAUCAUUGAUACUUCAUCAGCAUGUGCCUUAUAUCAUUCUGAUGCAAUUCCAUGCCACAGACAUCACAGCCCUGGCUGACUGCACAACUGGGGAAGCAGAAUUGCUGGCAUAAGGCCACCUGCUCAAACUCAGUGAUAUACCCUGUAUACAGGCCUGCAUGUUCUCGGUAUCCGUCAGCAAAUGCCUGGAACUUGUUUGCUGAAUAUGUGUUAUAAUGUGUGAUUAGCAACAAGGUACAGUACUUUGGAGCACUGAUGGCACCAGUCCUCAUUAAAAAAUGAUAGCUGGUUCUUUUUCGGAUUCUGUGUCAUUGAACUUCUUUGUGAUAUUGUUUUAGUUUUUGUUUGAUGUUUUUCUAAAGACUGGCUCUGUUGGUAGACCUGAUAACACCACAUCUUUGGUUUAGACCUCAUUAAUAUGGCUCUGGCAGAGGUUGUGCCUGCAUGGCAACUCCACAAACGCAUCCAGAUAUAUAGGACAGAUGAGAGCAAAUCUUCUAGGUCUCAGCCAUCUAAGCUGCUUGGAUAGAAGACAUGCAGGCCAGUUUUAUGUCAGAGGACUUUUAAAACUAUCUGCAUAAAUAGUUGGCGACGAGCCUCCGUGAAUGGGUUAGUGGAGCACCUUGUUCAGUCAAAUUAUGCAAGCGAGAAAUCAACAGUUCAAUCAGAUAACCAAAGGAUUUUACAAAUGUUAUUGAAAACCUGUAGUGAUUUAUAAGAAACUAAACUGGAGUCCUAUCUCUAGAAUAUGAGAAGGGUUUCUUCCUAGAAUAAAUAUUAUUUUGGCUGUAAGAGUGCUUGUUAAAUGAGAAAACAAUUGCAGAGAUUAGUACUAUAAUAUCCCAGGCUUAAUGUAGAUCAUUAUGAAAAAAACACAUAAUAAAAAGCCAACACAUGAUUUUACACAUUUAAAUAAUGAGCCUACUAUUUGAAUAAUUGGACCAUGAUCAGUGGAGGUCAGUAAACUUAUUUUACUGAUAAAAAAAAAUCCCUGGAUUAAAAAGGUUUGAAAACCCUUACUUUAUCAUGCACCAAUGAAACCUCUUUAAACCUAUGUGCUAACCUACGAUCUUUAGUUAAAGCAUUUUUUAAUCUGAUCCCGCUCUAUAGAACAGAUGUGACACAAAAUCCCACACACUUUCCUUUCCUAAGAAAUAAAUAAAUAAACUUUACACAUCUUAAAUGACAAAACCGGCCCCCCCCCCCCCCAAAAAAAAAAAAAACACCAAAAAAAAAAAAAAAAAAAAAAAACAACAAUAAUGGAGGUUUAAGGGAUAGUCCAACUGUAGAAGCUAUUCUUACUGUUACACAACUGUAUGGUACAUAUGACAAUAGAACUAAAUUGUGAUGUUGAAAUAACAGGACAGAGAAAAAUAAAGAAUUCAUGGCCUCUCUGGACAGUAAAUAUAACAUUUGUUGCUGAAUAAAUAAUAAAGGCAAAAGAAAGUAGAACUUAUUACAGCUAAUGUGGCAUUAUUACAUACGUUGACCUUUUUUAAUUAUUACUGCUAAUACUGCAGCAAUAAGAAACCCGUUUAAAGGAUUAGUGACAACACAUUACAAUACUGUUCAAUUUCUUAAUGAUUUGGUAGUAAUUAGUAAUGACCAAGUAUUACAUAUCUAAUAGCCAACUUGUCGUUAGAUUGGUGAUUAUUCAGAAAGAACAAUGAUACAAUUCUGAAGAAAAGAAUUAGGGAAAUGACUUAAUCUGUUCUACUAAACAUUAGAGCAUUAGUCUGAGUUUUAGGCCAAUGUGUUGAUUGGUCAUGUUCCUGCGUAAUGUUAUCUUUGAGUUACUGUACACUAUAGUAAAGUGUUACACAAAUAGUUUAGCAAAGAUUUACGCAAGCUCCUGUUUCAACAGCUAAAAAGUCUAACUCAGACGAAAUCCUUUCCACGAAUGCAUGUUCAAACCUUCAUAUACAGUACAGUACUUGCUUCAAAUGGCACCAUUAAGCAGAAUUGUGCAACUUUAUACCACAGCAUGGCUUAAUUCCUGAAUCAGAAAAAUUCCUGAAUUUUAUAUUACUUGAGCUCAGUCAGUAUUUCCUGCUGUAACCUAAAUGAUAGAUUUAUAUUAACGUGCUCUUUCUGAUAUUUUAGCUUUCCUUUAAUAACAGCUCGCACACAGGAACGUGGCUUAAAAUCAAAUGUAUAAUUUUUGAUAUGAUUAUGUUUUCUGUUAUAUACCUUUUAAGUAAAUGAAUAGUUACACAGCACUUGGAAUAGUUACACAGUGCUCAACAAAGGUUUCCAGUUUCUUGUUAUCUUAUAAAGCUGUGUUUUUGUUUAAUUGUUUAUUAUUAUUAUUUUUUUCAUUAUUAACUUGAACAGAGUAAAAAGAAGAGGCUGGUGUGGAAACAUCUGUAUAUAGCUGCUAUAAUGCAUGUGAUAACAGGAACUUAAUUGUCUCACAGACAUACCAUAACAUUUAAUAUAAAUUUUAGCUAUACUUUUGUAAAAAAAUAAAUAAAUAAAUAAAAAAAAAAGUGUAAGGUGUUGGUUUAAGAGGAAUAACAGACUUUAGACUGCAGCGUUAGAGGACGUUAACCCACUUUGUUUGUCACACCACCUGAUCGUGGAUUAUUUUCUUAUAACACGUGCCACAAAGUGUGUUAUUCCUUAAUAGUCAUCCACACAAUGAUCAUCCAGUUUAAGUGGUACAGCCUGAAGAUGAAAUGAUGAUGCUAAUCUGCAUCAAGCUAACUGAUGUAAAGUUGUGUAACUUUGAUUUUUAUUUUUACAGAAUCAUUUUUAAUGCCACUGCUUAUACAUAUCAUAAUCAUUCAUCUCCUGUAAGCACUUUGUCUUGGUCAGGGUUGUGGUGGAGCUGUAGCCUGUCCCAAAAUUCAUUUUCUGAAUUGUACCAUGAGUUUAAAUACACUGCCAGUCAAACCUUUUUGGCCAAUUGGAGUUUUUUUAUUGCAUUCUUCAUGCAGUUUAAAUUCAGACACAGCAAUCGAAUAAUGAAAGCUAAAUCUUUGUGGAACCGAUUAACUGUUUGCUCAGAUCCUAAUGGGUGUUGUAUUAAAAGCAGGCACACUUGGAGGCUAAAUCUAGAAAACCAAUAGACGAAAUACAUAGACUGUGCUAGUAUUAACUGUAAAACAUAAAUAUGAGCUAUUCUAAGAGUGAGAAAGGAUCUGUUUAUAAGUGUUUGUCAAUUUAUAAGAUUCUUAUUUGUCUAAGAGGAUACUCUGUUUUGAUUA